AUUUUUCUUUUAGAUUUUUAAAGUAUUUAAAAAUAUUUUCAACAAUGCAAGAUAUUCUAAAUGAAAAAUUUUGUAAUUUUAAUGCUGCAGAAAAGGCUGUGAUGCAUUACUGCAAUACCCAUUUUCAUCCAAUUAGAUUUGAUUACAAGGAAAAAUUUAAAAGUUACAAUAAGAAAGUGAAGCAAGAAUCACAAAUUAAAAAUCAACCUUUAGAUUCAAUAUAUGCAUGCAGAUGGACAUGCAAACAUUUUGGCCACCAAAAACCUUAUCUUAUGAAGAAAAAUCAAGGUAAGCGCAAUAAUCAGGCAAUACUUCCAUGUGGCUGCAAAAUGUUUAUUUAUGUUUCAUAUGACAACCAACGACAAUGCUAUGGUGUUAAAAAAGUGUUUCUUGAACACAACCAUCCAUAUGGUAAAGAAGAAUUUUCUAUGUAUAGUUCACAGCGUCAACCAAAAGGAUUAUUAGAACAGCAGACAUUGAUGUUGAUUGAACAUGGGGCAAAUACAGCACUUGUGACAGAUAGCCUUAAUAGAAGCGGUUUGAAAACUAAACCUAGAGAUAUUUACAACAUAAAACAAAAGCUUAAAUUCAAAGGUUCUGCACUUGAAGAAAUAAAGAGAGUACUUGAAUUUCCAGGGAGUCUUUAUCGCAUUGAUGCUAGUUCAGAUGGACAAGUUGAAUGCAUAACUUGGACAACAACUGAGCAAAUAAUGCUCCUGCAAAAAUUUCCAGAUGUAAUAAUGAUGGAUGGCACUUAUAAGGUAAAUAAUCUCUCAAUGCCUCUAUACACACUUGCUGUAGUAGAUCAACACGGAAUGGGGCGACCUGUAGUACAGUCAAUAGUGUAUCGUGAAGAUCAAGCUCAUCUCAGAAUGUUUCUGAUACGAUCACAAGAAUGGGCUGGUUUUAAUACAUUUUUAACUUCCAUUUUUGUUAUUGAUAAGGCUCAAGCUGAAAUCUCAGUGUUGCAGGCUAUUUUCCCAGAUAACCGUAUUAUGCUUUGUCGAUUUCAUGUAUCCAAGGCAUUUGUACAUAAAAUAAAAAAAAGUAAUUUAAUAAGUAAUGACAAAGAAUCUUUAUAUAAAGUUAGUUCUAAAUAAUUCUAGCUAAUUGUAUUAAAAAAGUAGUCAUCAAAAAAUUAAUAAAAAUUAAAAUAAUGCUUUGAAAGUUGUCAACUUUUUUGACAAUAGAUGUUCCAUGACAAUAGUCGUGGAACAUCUAUGAUUAUUAUGUGCCUUCUAUUAAUACAAGUAAUGGUAUUUGUAAUAUCAUACAUUUAUUUUAUUAUUAAUUGUUUUUUGUUAUUAUUUACUUAUCUUAACUGUCAGGCUACAAAAAGGUUAUUAAAUGGUAACCAGCAAACAUGUAAUGAAGCUUUGUUAAAUAUACAAGAGACGUUUCCAGAGUUUUAUACAUACUUAACAAAUAACUGGUUGAUGAUGGCUGACAUGUUAAUGGGCUACCGCAGAAAAGGUCUACUCCACAUUGAUAAUCACACCAAUAACAGAUUGGAACGGUAUCACAGAACUUUAAAAGAUGUUGGUUUGACAUCGCGUAUGUCACCAGGUAAUCUUAUUAGCAAAAUAAUAAAGGUAAAUAGAGUUCAACUUGAAAAAUCAAAACAUGCUGAUUUUGAUCAACGUCUUAAAAUAAACACUAAACUUCCUGUUUAAAAUUUUAUGCUCAUACAAUCUCAUCGUUCAUUUUACAACAUAUGGUUGAACAGUAUAAUUUAAGUCAAAAGGAAGGAUAUAGUUUACAAGAGGAAAAUAAUUGCUUGCAAGUUAGAUACAAUGAUUGUUUGUUUCCCCUUCAUAACUGGACUUGCCAAUGUGAUAAUGCUACUGGUUAUGGAGUUCCAUGCUCUCAUGCUUUCUUUGCUAUUAGAGAAAAAAAUAUGAACUUAUCUGAUCUAGAUCUUAUUCAUAAAAGGUGGUUUGUUCCUACCCAUCAAAUGGUAAAUGUAAACCAAGGGGAUAAUUUAUCUAAUUCAUGCAUGACAUUUUCAAUUCAACCAGUGGCAUUAUGCAAUUCUACUGUUAAGGAAAGAUAUAAUACAGCUUUGAGCCAUUUGCAGCCUUUGGCAUCUAUCUUGUCUGAAUUUACACCAAGUAAGUUUGAUUUAGCUAUUAAAUGGCUGGAAUCAGUUUGCCAACAAUGCAUAUCUGGAGAGAGGGAACUGCAGGUUCAACAGCACCAUUCUGAAGAUGAUGUCAUUUCAGAAAAUAAUUUUGAGAAUAAUGUUGAAAUAUUUCCUGAAUGUUCUUCUGCAACAUUAGAAUGUGUUUUGCCUGUAUCACCUCAAGUUUCUCUACAAACAAACUCUGUAGCUACAUCAAACAUUUCCCCAACAAUCACAUGUGAGACUCUUCAUGUUGAAAGAUUGCAGACAAAUGUUGAAAUAUUUCCUGAAAGUUCUUUAUCUGCAACAUUGGAAUGUGUUUUGCCUGUCUCACCUCAAAUUUCUAUACAAACAAACUCUGAAACUACAUCAAAAAAUUUUUCAACAAUCACUUGUGAGACUCUUCCUGUUGAAAAAAGGUAUACUACUCGAAUUUUAGAAGACAUUGACAUUAUAUUACGUAAGCCACAGCGCUUUCCCCCAGGUCGACCAGCUGUAAAAAAACAAAUACUUUUUUACAACGUUACAAAACCCCUUGAGAAACUUGGCGUUUAUGAAAAAGAUUUUAUUCGUUUAACUUGGUUCGUCUAAGAUUCCAUUGCACAGAAUUCAUUACAAAGUGGUAGUAAAAUCUCAAUUAAUGAUCUUUCUUCUACUGUACCUUAUAUCAUUAAUGAUAAAAGAACUUACAUGAACUUGAACAAUAUUUUGAUGAGUCUGCUUGGGCAGAGAUUGUAGUAAGAUGUAAGAGCACUUCAUCCGAUAGUUGGCCAUGUUAUCAUUGUCAACAAAUUCAAUCAGCCAGUAAACUUCAAAAGUGGAUUCAGUGCAAUCACUGUUUAUAUUGGUAUCAUUACUAUUGUGUUGUUAUUUCAAGAAAACCUAAAGGUCACUGGUUUUGUAUGGAUUGCAAAACCUAAUUGAAAAGAUUAUAAUACUAUAUAUUCAUAUAUGUAUAUAUAUACAUGUGUGUUUAUAUAUGUAAUAAUAGUUUAACAUAAAAGCGUGUAUAUAACAUAACUAUAAGUAGAUACUAGUUACAA